CCGGAUGUUGAUUAGUGAUGUCUGGAUCCGGACAAACCACGCUGCUGUAGGAAUGGAUGCCUUCGAGUUGUUUCGGAAACUCGGGACAGGAGCUAAAUUUGACCUGAAGAGGUUUGGUCAAGACGCCGCUCGGUUUAAGGCUGUCAGGUCUCCACAAGUGGACGCGUCCUCAGAUCCUGUCUCUGCGAUCGAUUUCUUUGGCACAGGACCAACCAAUGGAGCCCAGAGCAGCUCCAAAGUGCUGGAGGAGGAUGAUGAUGGAGACGAGUAUGACAUGGGAAGUGAAUGUGGGGGUUCUGGUGCAGGAGGAAAACGGAAGCUAAAGGAUGUGGGGAAAGGCGUGAAGAGAAAAAAGAAAAAGACAAAAAGCAGCCAGGUGGAGGUGGAAGCUGGUCGCGGACCACUAAAAGACACGGAGGGAAAUGGCAUCACCUGGACCUCCUCGCUGGACAGAAAGAUCCAAAACCUGCCAAGUGACAGGAAGGAGAAAUCCUCGUUGAAGAGGCUGAAGCAUCUUCAUCAGGAAAAGGUGAAUCGUAUUCGCUCUCAACACCGGAUAAACGUGCAUGGCUGUGAUGUGCCCGACCCCGUGUGCACGUUUGAAGAGCUGCAGUCCGAGUAUCGUCUCAACCCGCGUGUCCUCCAGAACCUCAAAGACGCAGGGCUGAACUCCCCGACGCCAGUGCAGAUGCAGGCGAUACCGCUCAUGAUGCACGGUCGAGAGGUGCUGGCCUGCGCUCCCACAGGAUCAGGAAAGACUUUGGCUUUCUGCCUCCCGCUGCUCGCUCACCUGCAGCAGCCAGCCAACCUGGGAUUCAGAGCUGUGAUCAUCUCCCCGACCAGAGAGCUGGCCAGCCAGACCUACAGAGAGCUGCUCCGCCUGUCAGAGGGAGUGGGAUUUAGAGUUCACAUCAUAGACAAAGCCUCUCUGGCAGCCAAGAAAUAUGGACCACAGUCAAACAAAAAAUAUGAUAUACUCGUCAGUACUCCAAACAGAAUCAUCUUCCUUCUCAAGCAGGAUCCUCCAGCUCUCGACCUCAGCAGUGUGGAGUGGCUGGUUGUCGAUGAGUCCGAUAAGCUGUUCGAGGGCGGUAAGACGGGCUUCAGGGAGCAGCUCGCCACAGUUUUUCUGGCCUGUUCUGGCUCAAGGGUGCGCAGGGCUUUCUUCAGCGCCACCUGCACGUCAGAUGUGGAACAGUGGUGCCGUCUGAACCUUGACAACCUGGUGUCUGUCAACAUUGGCCACAGAAAUACAGCAGUUGAGACGGUGGAACAGGAACUGCUGUUUGUUGGGACGGAGAACGGCAAACUGGUGGCCAUGAGGGACAUCGUCAAAAAAGGUUUCCUGCCUCCCAUGCUGGUGUUUGUACAGUCUAUAGAGCGAGCGCGGGAGCUUUUCCAUGAGCUGGUGUAUGAAGGCAUCAAUGUAGACGUGAUCCACGCAGAGCGCACACAGCAGCAGAGGGACAACGUAGUCAACAGCUUUCGCUCGGGUAAGAUUUGGGUAUUGAUCUGCACGGCUCUGCUCGCCAGAGGAAUCGACUUCAAAGGAGUCAACCUCGUGCUGAACUACGACUUCCCCACCAGCGCUGUGGAGUACAUCCAUCGAAUUGGUCGGACUGGUAGAGCUGGACAUCAGGGAAAGGCCAUCACGUUCUUCACGGAAAAUGACAAACCACUGCUGCGCAGCAUCGCCAACGUCAUAAAACAAGCUGGCUGUCCAGUACCUGACUACAUGGUUGGCUUCAAGAAGAUACACAGCAAAGUGAGGCGUUCACUUGAGAAGAAACCUCCCAAAAGAAGCACCAUUUGCACAACUCCUCGCUUCUUGAUGAAGAAGAAGGGAAAAGCACCAAGUAAAGGACACAAAGGAGAGCAGCAGAAAGCAGGGGGAAAGCAGAAAGGAGAAAAGAAGACACAAGGACAGGGGCCGAAGAAAGGAAACAAAACACAGAAAGAAGGAGGAACACAAAAACACAAGAAGACAUCUCAGAAGACAGGAUCAAACUCCUCUGCAGUCAAGUUAAAGAAAAAGGGGAAGAAAAAUAAGCCAGAGGAGGAAUAGAGGAGAGUGA